CGCCGCGACUGCACGCUUGUCACGGUCACUCCGCGCAAGCGCGCUACAUCGCGCCCACCCAUUUGACAGCGACGUUUCCAAGCAUGACAUUAGUGUUUUCGGUGUGAUUGAAUAAAUAAAAUAAAAAUCAACAGUGAUCGUGGUUACAGUGGAUUUAUACUAUUAAGGAUGGGUUUCGGCUAGGACCAUGAUGCGUAAAGGGCCCGUUUCGGGCGCGGAUUUCGCGCUGGACGCUGCCGAGUGCAUUUCCCUUCAGCAGAUCCUUCAGGCGUUUAACUCGACGAUAAGUGAGGAGCAUGCCUGGGCGCUGGCCUACCAGGCUGCCAGGUGCUACCAGAAGUGCCUGGCUGACGGGAACACCUGCUAUUUGGCGACGGAGCCAAAGCACGUGCUACUGCACAAGGAUGGCUACGUGCAUCCUAAUACGCUGGUCCUGCCUGGAGAUGACAGCAGCCGGAAGGAGGUCACCUCGGAACAGCAGUUGGUGGUGAAACUGGCGCUGACCAUUUACCACGCGCUGGACUACACUCACUCGGAGGACGAGGAGCGGCUCAUCUCGCCAGACCUCGAGGGGCUGAUCACCGAGAUGCUGAAGACUUGCGAUGCGCCUGAUGACGAGGAAGAACUCGGUAUCCUAUCCGAAGGCUCGGAGACAUCGGAGGGCGGACGCGCGGACACGGACGACGAAGGCAUCGAGCGCGACGCGGACCCCGCACCACGCCGCCGGCGGCGACGGCGGUUCACGCUGCGGGAUGUCGUCGAGCGUUGCGUAUGGCACUGCGGCGGCGGUCACCGGUCCCGCGACACUGCCGCCGCGCACUACCGCGCCGUGUGCCGCGCGCUGGUCGCCGAAGCGCUGGAGCUGGCGUCCUUCCUGGCGAGGGUGCGCGUCGGCGGCGCGAGGGACCUCGGGGCCGCCGAGGAGUCCGUCACGCAUCUGGACACGCUGCAGUUCUCUGAUUGGUCAAACCGAAGGAUUUGGAGAGCCCUUCAAGCGCGGUUUUGGAUGCAAGUCAUCGGAGAGUUGAGAAUGGGUGUUAAGUUAAAGAAAGUCAGUUACUCGCGGACCCCCAUCGAGUACGAGUUGACCCCAUAUGAGAUCCUCAUGGACGACAUCAGAUCCAGGAGAUAUACUUUAAGAAAGGUUGACGGCGCGAUACCACCGAGUGUAAAGAAAGACGCACACGCAAUGAUUCUCGAAUUUAUUAGAAGUAGGCCUCCACUAAGAAAGGCAUCAGAACGCAAACUACCCCCACCACGGCGAGAAACGACUCCUCGAGAGAAGCUACUAGCUUCCAUCCAGGUCGGGAGGCAGCUCAGGCCCACGCCCUACUCGAGGAGAUUAUCAACGAGUGGGUCCGGUAGCGGGCCGGGAGGAGGUGAAGCGAGGCGGGGCGACGUGACGCCGCACGCGACGCCGCAGAGGAGGCUCAUCAAAGUCGACUUUGACAAUCUAGAGGAGGAUGAAGACGAGGAAGACACAGAGACCUGCGCGAGUCCAGAAGUAUGCGCGCCGCAACCUUUCCCGAGGCACACGGCCCCGCAUCAGGCGCCUAAACCUUGGAAGCGGACAGAAGAAACGCCUCCACGCGCGCCACCCCGCACGCGAAUAUCGCACGAUGAGUACCACCAGUUCUGCGACGAAGCCCUGGAAUCGUACGACUUGGCAACGCAAUGUCCGUCUCGACGUGCCUCCAUGCGGCGCCAUACCGUGGCUCACGCACACCCUGUGUGCCCACCGAUAGAUGGCGCUCACUCCUUGCCGCACUCAAGGCCGGGCUCCCGAGCGUCAUGCGCGGGCGCAGCCUCGCUAGCGAGCAGCGACGAUGCGCAGCUGGGCGAGCUGUCCUGGUCGCGCUCCUCGCUGCAGGACGAGCUCAUCAAGUCGGUUAGUGGCAGCCCCAAAGUCGCGCACAAACAGUGGCAAGAUGCCAUAAUGUCCGACGACCGACUGUCUUUGACUCUUGAAGAGAUCGUCCACAUCAGAUCAGUUCUGACGAAGGCGGAGCUUGAAGUACUGCCUGUCGAAGGCAGGGUUAAAGAGGACGUGGAGAAGAGAAGGGUAUGCUUCUUAUGUUUGAAGACAAGAUUCGGCAUUUUUGGUCCGUGGGGCCAGAAGUGCAAGCUGUGUAAGAAAACUGUUUGUCAGAAAUGCUGCUCGAAGAUGCGUAUACCAACGGAGCACUUUGCGCACGUGCCAGUAGUACUGCUGAGUCCGUCACUGCUACCGUCGCCAGAGGACGAGCCCUCCUUCCCGAGGAGCCUCAUGAAUCGGCUGGUGCCGGAACACUCGAGCUCAGAGCAGAACAGCGUGGGCAGCGCGCCCAACAGCCCGGCUGCCCUGCGCCGCGCGGCCCCAGUGCACUCCGCGCCCGGCUCGCGCGGCACCAGCGCCAUGGGCUUCGCGGAGCUGUCCGUGCCGCCCGCCAUGAGUCGCAGUGUGGAGGGGCCCGAGAGUAUGCCGGUCACGUUGCCAGUGCAAACGCCGGAGCGGAGGGCCCGCUACAGCCGCAGCAUGAUGACGAACGCGACGGCGGCGGAGCGUCUCCGCGGCGUGCAGAUGGCGGUGUGCCACGACUGCAAGGCCAUGGUGCUGCAGAUCAUCAAGUCCUCGCGCGCCUCGCGCUCCGCCUCCCGCGACCGCGCGCUGCGCCACCUCACGCUGGACCUCGCGCCCGUCUACACUGCCGACUGCUAGUGCGCGUGCGCGAUGCCUGAGGCUUGUCCGAUUGAGUUCAGGGGAUAAUCGUUGAUGGAGCUUUAUAGCGCCUAUUUAAUAUGUUGGUUGGUUCGCAAAAGGCCUCUCUUGAAACGUUUCUCGGUUUCAGCCCGAAUACUAUCUCCUGCAAAAUCAUGCAUUUAUUCGUCCUACCUUUUAAGAAGUGAACGAGGCCGAAUCUCUUCAAUCUUGAUUUGAAACGGACAAGCGCUCAUGUUUCGCUCCCCGAGUGUACGACUGUACGUACGUUUAAACUGCUAUAAAUUAAAUUGUAGAUUCUGGGUACCUCAAACUUUCUUUCUUCGCAUCGCUUUCUUUUUAGCGAAAUCAAAUAUUUAAUUUGCAACCUUGAUGACCUUUUUUGGCUCGACAUUCUUUUUCAUUUUUCUUUGAAAACAUGACAUUUAACGCUUUACAAUUCAAAUCCUUUGACAUCAAUCCCAGAUUUCAACCCGGACAAUAAACAGUGGAAAAAGAUCUGAUUCUAAAAUUGGUUCUUAAAGUAGAAUUAGGUAUAGAUAAUACCAAACCCCUAUUUCACCAAAUUGACAGUAGUUAUCUGACACUGACACGCAUUUCUGCUUCGACAGGGGACUAUAUGAACCUGACAAUGCAAAAAUAUACGGCAUAUUGUCAAUGUUAAAUAACAAUUGUCAUUGUCAAGUUGGUGAAACAGAGGGGAGAUAACAAGGAGCUUCCGAGGUUGUGUGGAUCUAACAAUUUGUUUUAACUAGACAAUGACUUGACAAUACUCUAUGACCUUUUGACAGAUACCUAAUAAUUUUAUUUGUCGCACAAAUUCAUUUUCCCAUUCUUUAUCGAAUUGAAUAUUUACAACAGAGACAUUCUCGCCCAGAUGUGUUUAAUGAUAUAAUGAUAAAUGUAAUGAUAUAUUCCAAAACUAAAUCAUAUUUUGUCACGUAUUUGUAAUAGAAAAUAGAAAUAUUUAUAUUCAUAUUUUUUCCGAAUAGAAUGUUUGAUGUUUCAAAAUGUCUAUAAUAAAUGAUUGUAAAUCAAACUAAUCUGUGUUCAGAAAUAAUGAUGUGCUAUUUGUUGUUAUUGUAUAAAGAAAUUUAUCAUGUACAUAUAUGUAUUGAUAUUGGUAAUUCUGUCGAUUGGAUAUGCAUUCCUCCGCACCGAGCAUGACUAAGGUGUGAUAUGCUCCGCCCAACAUCUUGUCAGGCGAGUCAAAAUAAAUUACCCAAUUCCUUCGAGCAACACCGGGAAGGGAGUCGGCAUUCGCACUAUUUCCCCUCUGCCGAAGCACAUGCCCAACGGGCAUGCACACAACUAGCGCGGUGGGUGUUGUGACUCAUCCGUACACAAAAAGAGAUCGAGGUGUACAAGAUCUGUCUUUGACGUGUGUCAUUUUCUAUAUAUUUGUGUCGUCAUUACAAAUUGGAUUUUGUAUGUAGUGAGUGAGAAGUGCGACUAUGUGAACGUUUCCUCCCGCAAAAAAUGGCAAAACGAUUUGUAUAGUAAGAUAUCGCUAGGGCUCCUCCCUUCCGACGUGUCGGAAACCGGUGUUGCUCGAAGCCUAAAUCAGUCGUCGACUUUUCAAGACUAGUGACCGACUGAUAUUGAUAUGACCUUGGUCGCGUUGUUGAGGCAUUUCUCAUAUCAGCAUAUCACACAUCUAUUAAUGUAAUCACUGGCAGUUAGCUAUUUCAUAAAGCUUCUAGAAUAGGCGUGGCGUAUGUUCCAGUCUGAGAAGCAGUUUUCUGUGCCAUAAAAUCGAUUAAUCGACAUUAUUAUGGGCGAUUGUUAUAGUGCUUACCUCCACGUCCCCUCAAUACUAGUGUUAGGAUCGCACCAAUGAAGAACAAAUCUACGUGUCGUUGGAAACAAUACUUACUAUUUACUUAUUUAUUUCCUCGCUUUGCCAUCUUAUUUAUUUACUAUGAAAUGCCGGUCCCUGCGCUCAGAUCUUUUUGACUACGUUGAAUGAAAUCAACUAAAUAAAUUGAAUUUUAGAUUAUUUUUCGAAAAUCCCAGUGAAAUUUAAAAUUGCCGGGCCGGCAUAAUCAAGUCUGAUUGUGUAAAAAGUUAAUUAUAAGCUUAGUUUCCUCAUUCCACUAUCAUGUCUUAGUUUUAUUUAGAUGUUAAUUAAAUUAUUUUGCCAAAUAUGUAACCACUUUCGAUAUUUUCUUGUAAAUAUAGCUUUUUUAAGUGUUCUCUAAUCGGUUACUUAAU